CAAAAAUCCACAACGGCUGCCCAAUUUUGACGACAAGCUUUAGAUUACGACACCAAACUCGAUUUGGCUACAAGUAUCUACUAGACACCCGUUUCCUGUCAAAGGGCUUGCCUAUACCCCACUACAUCAGCACACAGCGUGCGAUUUCAACGCGCCACAUAGGGAAAAGACACCCGAGUUGCUGAACACAACAAGCAUGUCUGACCAGAAACCAGAGGCAGCGCCUGUCUCUGCUGCACCGGCUUCACAGCCUCAGGAUACAGCAGCUGCCGCUACAAAUGGAGAUGCCAAAACUACAAAGCCUGCAGAAGAAGCCGCGCCCAAGAAGAUCUCACCAGCAGAGCUGAAGAAGCAGAAGCAAGCUGAGAAACAAGCACGGAGAGCACAGCAGAAAGGCCCGGGAGGACCACCUAAAGAGCAGGGAGCAUCAAAAGAUGGUCAGAAGCAAGCGAAAGAGCCCAAACAAGGCGCGAAGAGCGAGCAAGCCAGGCCCAUGCCCAUAAGAAGACGUCCCUCUCAAUCCAACGUGCCAAUGCAGAGUGAACCAGAAAAAAAAAGUAAAAAAGAGUCUAGGCAAGCUGGUAUUGGGCUGUUCUUCGGACAUCUGUACAGUCAACCGAAGCAGCAGUCAAUGAACGGAGCAGGAAAGGAUGUACACCCGGCAGUCCUUUCUCUGGGAUUGCAGUACAGCAGCUACUCAAUCUGCGGUAGUACUGCCCGUAUGGUCGCAAUGCUUCUUUCCUUCAAGGCUGUGAUUGAAUCGUAUCAGACACCGCCGGGGACCAGUUUAGCACGACAUCUCACGAGUCAUCAUCUGAGUCCGCAGAUCGAGUAUUUGAGGAGCUGUAGACCCCUCAGUAUCAGCAUGGGCAAUGCUAUCCGAUGGCUCAAAGACAUCAUCAUCAAGAUCGACCCCUCAACUCCUGAAGCAGAGGCGAAGCGCGACCUGCUCGAGGAGAUCGACAUUUUCAUUCGCGAGCGCGUUACAGCAGCCGACAGACUCAUUUGUGAUCUCGCCUCAACAAAGAUCGAGCCCGGAGACGUCGUCCUCACAUAUGCGUCUAGCUCUAUCGUCGAGCAAGCCAUUCUCCAUGCUCACAAGGCUGGUACCCCCUUCACUGUCAUCGUCGUCGACUCCAAGCCGCUCUUCGAAGGCAAGCAAUUGGCUCGCAAACUGGCCAACGCCGGUGUAAAGGUGCGGUACUACCUUAUCACUGGCGCCUCGCAUGCCAUCAAGGACGCGACUAAGGUUUUCCUUGGCGCGCACGCCAUGAUGUCCAACGGUCGCUUGUAUUCCCGCGUUGGUACAGCUAGCAUAUCAAUGCUUGCAAGUGCGAACUCCCUACCUGUUAUUGUCCUAUGUCAGUCGGUCAAAUUUACGGAAAAGGUUGCCUUGGAUUCGAUCGUCGGCAAUGAAGUCGCCCCUGCAGAAGAACUGCUCUCGGAAGCCGAGCGACGAGACCUCCUCCCCCUCAAGUCCAUGCUACCAAGCAGCAGAAAUGCAAGCAAGAACGACGACAAGGCCGCCGCUGCGGAAGAACAGAAGCCAGACACUUCGGAUGUGCUCAAAUGGAUUGAGGAAUCGAAAAACCUACAUCACCUGCAGGUUCUCUACGAUGUUACGCCUGCGAAGUACAUUGACAUGGUUAUCACGGAGUACGGUGGUCUGCCGCCGAGCUCGGUUCCUGUUGUCCACCGACUAAGUACGAACAUCUAAUCCCAGUUGUUGGAUUUCUUUGCUUUU